AUGUUUUUCAUUGUUAGUACAGAUCAAAUAAAUGAGAUAGAAUUAGCCGAAAUCGAUGAAGGAUGCUAUUUUGCUGAGUUAGACUUGUUACAAAAAAGCAAAAGAGAAUUUACAUUUAUUACUAAAGAACCCGCUCAGUUUUUUGUAAUUGAAAAUGAUGAUUUCGACGAAUUAUUAAGUGAUAUCAUCUUGAAAGAUAUAAAUGAAAGGCAAAGAUUAUUAUUAAAGAUGCCCACUUUUAAUGAAAUUGAAUUGGAUGAGCAACAAAUACGAAUUAUCAGCACAUACAGUAAAAUUAUGACCUAUCCAAAAGAUAAGAUUAUUAUUGGUGGAUCCGAUAAACAAUCGAAAGAUAUAUAUUUUAUAAUAUCGGGCAGUUGUAAAUUUGUUCGUGCAGUGAAUUAUACAUUAAAUAUUAAUAAAUUGGGUGAAGUACAGUACCGUUUGCCUGUAAAACCUGAUAAUUUUGUAGAAAAAAUUUAUAAAGCAUUACUAGAAGUUUGUAUUGUAAAAUUCGGAAGUUAUUUUGGUAUAGGAGAGGAUACCUCCAAAUCAUAUCUUAUUGCAUUGGAUAACGUAUCAUGUUUGUUAAUCCCAAAAACUAUUAUGCAUAAAUUUAGAUUAGGAAAAUACAUCGAUAAAUUAAUUCAGAUACACAAUGAAAUCUAUCCUUCUGAGCAAACACAUACAAGAGACAUAACCACAGAUCUGUUAAAGAGAUCUCUAAAAGUUUCUCCGCUCAGCAUCUUAGUAUGA